AUGCCUUCCAUCUACCCCUCCAUCCCGAUGCUGCCAUCUCUGGGCCUGGGGUACCGCGCAGCCGAUUUCGCAGUAUACACCUUAGCCGCAGUGGGGUCAGUCCUGGCGUCGGCUUUCGCGUACCUCUGGCUAUACAAAGACUGGGUCCUAACGCACAAGAAUCUGCCCGGUCCCCCCCGAGAGAGCUGGUUCUGGGGCAAUUUGAGCUCCAUCAUCGCCGCCGAGCCCGCAGCGAUGCACGCCCAAUGGGCCCGGACUCACGGCCUCACCUACCGCUACCGCAUGCUCUUCAAUUCCAGCCGAAUCUGUACCGCCGAUCCCGUCGCGCUCAACUACAUCCUCACCCACUCAGACAAGUUCCCGAAGCCGGAGCUCACCCGCAAGUUCCUCGUCGACCUCUUGGGCAACGGUGUCCUCGUUGCGGAAGGCGCGGAUCACCGGCGGCAGCGCCGGGUCCUGAACCCGUGCUUCAGCCCUCAGUCCAUCCGGGAUGUCAUGCCUGUCUUUUAUGACAAAGCGGAGGAGUUGCGGGAAAAGCUGCUGGGGCUGAUCGAGGACGAUUCGGAGGGGAUAGCCUCGCCCACACCGGCCGUCAAGGAGGAUACGGUCGCUGGAGGGCGGAAGAUCGACGUCAUGCGCUUCCUGGGAAUGUGCACCCUGGACGUGAUCGGUGUCGCAGGAUUCUCGUAUGACUUCAAGGCGCUCAGUCAGCCAAAGAAUGAGCUCGCCGAGGCGUUCAGCAAGAUGUUCUCGGCGGGCCAGCAGUUCAAUGCUGUUGCAAUUAUGCAGGCGUUUGUGCCAGGCAUGGGCAAGAUCCCGACUGAGAGGUCCAAGACCAUGUGGGCAAGUCAGGCGACUACUCAGCGGAUUGGUAGACGCCUCAUCCAGGAGAAGAAGUGGGCGAUCAAGCAGGCGCAUACUACUGGCUUGGAGAAGGGGGACGAUAUUGGCAAAGACUUGCUGUCACUCUGCAUCCGCGCAAACAUGGCUGCCGACGUCCGACCUGAGCAGAAGCUCACUGACGACGAGGUACUCGCUCAGAUCACGACCUUCAUGCUGGCUGGUAAUGAGACAUCAUCCACCGCACUCACCUGGAUCCUCUACCUCAUCACCCAAAACCCCGAGACCCAAGUCAAGCUUCGCAAGGAGUGCAUGGCCGUCCAGGAUGAGCGACCCUCAGUCGAAGACAUUACAGCGCUCCCAUACCUCGGCGGUGUUGUCCACGAGGCGCUUCGUUUACUAUCGCCGGUUCAGGGUACUAUCCGCGAAGCCGGCGAGGACGUCGUGAUCCCACUUGGUACACCGGUCAGGGGUAGGGACGGUCAGAUGAUCGACUCGGUCAAGGUCUCGAAGGGAUCUUCUAUCUUCCUCCCUAUCAGCGUCAUCAACACCUCUGAGCAUAUCUGGGGACCCGACGCCAAAGAGUUCAAGCCCGAGCGGUACAGCGCCUCCGAAGGCGGAAUGGACGAGAAGCUUCGCGCUGAGCAGAACUCUAUCCCGGGUGUAUGGGGCAAUAUCCUCUCUUUCCUCGGCGGUCGCAGGGGAUGCAUCGGAUAUCAAUUUGCACUGGCAGAGAUCAAGGUGAUCCUCUUUGUUCUCAUCCGAAGUAUGGAGUUUGAGGAGUUGGCGAGUAAGCCUAAGAUUGAGAAGAAGUCAAGUGUCGUGAUGCGCCCGAGGGUGGUUGGGGAGGAGACUGCGGGCUUGCAGUUGCCUUUGAUGGUCAAGCCCCUCGCGCAGAGCUAG